AUGUCGAAGGAUGUGAUAGAAUACUCGAAAUUAUUUGCUAAACUAGUUAGCACGAGCGAUGAUACGAAACUAGAUGAUACAAUAGCAUCCUUUUUAUAUUAUAUGUUUCCAAGGGAGCUUUUUAUUCGAGCAAUUUCAUUAUUAGAAUCUUCAGACAUGUUUAUAUACAUACUAAAUAGAGUCCAUAAGAAGGAAGGUAAUGAACAUUCAUCAUUGAUUGAUGUAUUGAUUGAUGAGUUUUAUACGGGCUCAUCAAAUUCGUCGCUGGAGUAUCGCUUAAUAGUCAAGGAUACUAACGACGGAGCGCCACCAAUACUGGUAGACAUUGCGCACUGGUUCUGUUCAUGUGAAGAAUAUUGUAAAUACUUCCAUGGGGCAUUAGAAAAAACUGACGAAAAAGAAGAAUUACACAAUGUCCUAAUAAAUGAGAUUGAUGAUCAUUUACAGUUUUCGGAUGAUAGGUUUGCACAGCUGGAUCCCCAUAGCUUGUCCAAACAGUGGUAUUUCAAAUUUGAUAAAAUUUGCUGUUCACAUUUACUAGCAUUCUCCAUUUUGCUUAGAUCUUCGAUAAACGUGCUGAAGUUUUUUACUGUGAACUCAAAUAAAGUUUUUGUUAUAUCGAUAGAUAAUAUCGAUGAAUGGUUAAACUUGCACAUUAAUAUAGUUGAAUAA